AUUUCAAAACACCAAUCAGCGUUCAGUGACGUCACUCGUGCUGUGUCAACUUUUAGAAGUUAACUUUGCGAUUAAUAGGCAGUAGUGCUUUAUUUACGUAUUAUUUACGUUUUUAAUAAAAAUGGAAGUUAGAUUUAAUAAAACAGAUUCCAAAAAUUUACCAAAAAAAAAUUUUUUGUCGUGAGUGCAGAGUUUUCAAGUGUAGAAAUGAAAGGCACUAAAUUAGUACGGUAUGCAUGAAUGUUUUUAAACGUUGUUUGCAUUUUAUUCAGCAAUUUCUAAACAUAGCAGUUAUAAUUUAGCUCAACGAGAGAAUCUUACGGCGAUAACGCAAUCGGUUAUGUGCAAAUUAAAAGAGAUGGAGAUGGAUUAAUUAUGUACAGUGAAAAGUCGAGUUACUCCAGAGCACAAAGUACGAAAAGAAGGUUAUCGUGUUACAGCUGUAAUAAAUGAAGCACAAAGCUUAGUUCUGUUCUGCCAAUGCGAAGAUUGUGCAGCUUCUGCAGGUGGGUGCAAGCAUGCUGCUGCACUAUUGCUAUGGUGCACAGAAGGUCUGAGCAGCCUCUAAUUACGUCCGUCACAUGCUAUUGGAAGAAGUCGAAAUUAUCUAUAUGUGCUUCUGGAAAAUCUGUCAUAAAAGCCAAAGAAAUGGGUCAAGUUUCAGUCAAUCACAGUUUCUCUCAAGUGGAUAUUUUAUAAGAAUUUGUAGAUGCUGUCAAUAAAAAAGAUUGUCAGGGAAGUAUUCUUCGCUACUUUCAAUAAGACAAGCAUUCAUAAGGUGUGUUCAAGCUUGAUUGGAAAGUUGGACUCUCCAGAAUCAUUUCUUGAAGCAUUAUCAAAGCAAAUGACCACUGAUAAUAUAAAUAUGGUAUUUUCCACCACCAAACAUCAAAGUGAUUCACCAAUGUGGUUUGAGUUGAGGUACGGCAGAAUUACUGGCUCAACUCUUUAUGAAGCCGCUCACUGUAGAACUAUAAAUGGUUCCCUUCUGAACGCAAUUAUGGGAGAACAUUCAAAAUUUACUUCCAUUGCGAUGAGUAGAGGGAAAAUACUAGAAAAAAAAGUUCUCAAAGUAGUAAGCAAGAAAGAAAAGAUUGAAAUUGAAGAAGCUGGACUACUUCUUAAUGCCGAGUAUCCUAUUUUUGGAGCAACACCUGACGGGCUUACUGAAAAUUAUACAAUAGAAGUCAAAUAUCCUUCAACCGAAGCUGCCAUACUUUCCUAUGUGAAAUACAAUAAAAUAACACCAAAAUGUUGUGUGCCGUAUGAUAACAGCAUUGUAUCUGUAAUGAAUAUUGCAAAGAAAUUCUCGAUAGAUGCUGUAUUUCCGAAAUUAAAAGAUAUAUAUAAUAUAUAAGCACAUUUUUUUGUUUUUCAAAUAUUUCAUAAAUUUAUUAAAUAAAACUAUGCUUCGAAAAUAUUGUUUUUUAUUCAAUUUUAAUUAAAGGUGAUUAACAAGUGCACAACAAAUGAUUAUACUAUAGUCUAUUUGGGGUAUGAGAAAAUGAUCUACACAGGCAUUUAGAAACUUUGUUAAAGUAGAUGGACACAUAGGCACAAAACAUGAA